UUCAAAGCCAGCCACCUACCCCUUACAGUAACCUUUAUCGUUUCUACCAUAAUUUCCUAACAGACAAGCCGCUUUCCCGAGAUUGCCCCCCCUUACCUUAGCUUACGUACCAGCAACAUGAAGCCGACGCUCGUGUCAGCGACGAUCAGCGUCGUCAUCGGGCUCUCGCAGUCCGCGUAUGCGUACCCCCCUGGCCCGUACCUUCUCUCAUAUGUCGGUGCCAAUGGCAAAGGCCCAGGAAGCCCUCCCUGGGGCCGUCGCACAGUCCACUCAGAUCCCGAGGACGCGCCAAAAACUGGAGCCGUACGCAAGUACGACUGGAUCAUCCAAAGGACUACGUUGGCACCUGAUGGUUUCGAGCAGAGCCUCCUGACCGUGAACGGCCAGUUUCCCGGUCCUCUCGUAGAGGCCAACUGGGGCGACGUAGUGGAGGUUACAGUUCAUAACAACAUCACUGGGCCGGAGGAGGGCACAGCAAUCCAUUGGCACGGCAUCCACCAUGAAGGUUCACCAUGGAUGGAUGGCGUUUCCGGCGUUACUCAAUGCCCCAUCGCUCCUGGAGAGAGCUUUACCUACAGAUGGCGAGCAACCACCCAUGGAGCCAGCUGGUGGCAUGGGCACCACGCAUUGCAAUACGGGGGUGGCCUCUGGGGACCCAUUGUCAUCCACGGACCGUCGCAGAAGUACGACGUCGACCUGGGGCCCGUCACUCUUUCUGACUACUACCAUAUGCCCUACGAGCAAGUUGCCAAGAAUGCCAUCUCCAACAGCACUGACUUCAAGGUGUGGGUGCCUCACUCGGAUAACCACCUGAUCAACGGAAAGAACAACUACAACUGCUCCCUGUCGACCACCAACCACAAGUGCGACAGCAACGCCGAACGCGCCCAAUUCAGUUUCCAGGCAGGAAAGGUCCAUAGGCUUCGGCUCAUCAACACCGGCGUGCAAGCCCUGCAGAUCUUCUCCAUCGAUAACCACAAGCUCCAGGUGACCUCGAUGGACUGGACACCGGUAGAGCCGUACGAAGUGGAUUAUGUCGCGCUCGGCGUUGGCCAGAGGGCCGAAGUGCUCGUCCAUGCGACCGGAGACCCCAAGGCAGCCUACUACAUGCGCACGAAAGGCGGCACCCAGUGCGCCACCACCUUCGUCAACGAGACGCUGGCUACCGUUUACUACGACCAAGCCCCUGCCGGUGCCGUCCCGGUCCCCAACCCGUACACUAUUCCCGACUUCACCUGUGGCAAUCUUGUUCUGCCCAAGGUCAAGCCCCUCUUCAAGAAACCACUGGCCAAGCCAGACAUCACCCUCUACUACAACGUAACCUUCGGCGCCAACGCGACGGGGAAUCGCCAAUGGUACCAAAACAACGUGACCUUCCAGGCCGACUGGAGCCGUCCCCUGCUGUUGGAAGCGGCCGACGGCAACGCGGCGUACCUCUCGGCGCCGCAGCAUGUCACGGCCAGCAUCCCCGAGAAGGCUCGCCACGUCCGCGUCGUCAUCAACAACACCUUCUCAAUCCACCCCUUCCACCUGCACGGCGGCAACUUCCAGAUCGUCAGUGAAGGCGACGGCCCCUGGAACGGGACCGUCAUCAAUCCGGAAAACCCGGCCCGCGCCGACACGGAGCUUCUCCGCCGGUCGGGACACCUCGUCGUGCAGUUCGAGGCCACCAACCCGGGCGUCUGGGGCUUCCACUGCCAUACCGCCUGGCACGCGAGCGUCGGGCUGUACAUAAACUUCUUGGUGAAGCCAAAGGCGGUUCGGAAGGCGGGGAUCCCACAGGAGAUGCACGAUAUGUGCGCCGCGUGGGAGGCGUACAAGAGCUCUGGAGGCGAGAAUGCGCAUCCGUUUGAUAGCGGUUUGUGAAUAGGCGGGCUUCUUGUUUGAAUAGAAGGGAGUAUGAAUUUGUAUAGUAUUCGCCGGAGGAUAACUUGAAGGGAUAGUCAUGGUGAUGGUGUACGGCGUGGAUGGCGUCAACCUGGGUUCUCUGUCAACAGUUAGAUGUCUAACUACACACAUUAUAAUACCUUGC